AUGGCCACAGGGAAUCACAGCAGCAUUAAGGAGUUCAUCCUCCUCGGGCUAUCUACCGACACCCACAUCCAGGCUCUGCUCUUUGUCCUGUUCCUGAUGAUUUACCUUCUGACUCUUCUGGGGAACCUGCUGAUAAUACUUGUGACCCAUACAGAUUCUACCCUCCAUACACCCAUGUACUUCUUCUUGAGCCAUCUCUCCUUCCAAGACCUCUUCUAUUCUUCAGUCACUGUACCCAAGAUGCUUGAGAACCUCCUGUCUCAGAGGAAAGUCAUCUCAGUAGAGGGAUGCAUGGCUCAGGUCUUCUUUGUGUUUGCCACCACCGGGAUUGAGGCUUGCCUGCUCUCAGUGAUGGCCUAUGACCGCUAUGCUGCCAUCUGCCACCCUCUGCUCUACAGACAGGUGAUGAGGAAACAGCUGUGUGUGAGGUUGGUGUGGGGCUCCUGGGUCGUGGCCUUUCUGGAUGCACUCAUCAACAUUCUCCUGGCUUUGGAUUUGGACUUCUGCGAGGUUCAAACCAUCCACCACUACUCCUGUGAGUUGCCUUCCCUCUUCCCCCUCUCCUGCUCUGAUGUCUCCACCAAUGCUGCAAUGCUGCUCUCCUCUGCCCUCCUGCAUGCCAUUGGGACCUGCCUCCUGAUCUUCUUCUCUUACACCCGCAUUGUCUCCACCAUCCUGAGCAUUAGCUCCACCACAGGCAGAAGCAAGGCCUUCUCCACCUGCUCCUCCCACCUCACUGCAGUGAUCCUGUUCUAUGGCUCAGCCAUUCUUCGUUAUCUCAUGCCAACCUCAGGUUCGCCUCUGGAAUUGAUCCUUUCCAUACAGUACAGUGUAAUCACUCCCCUGGUGAAUCCUCUCAUCUACAGCUUGAAGAACAAAGAGGUGAAAGCAGCUCUGAGAAGAACGAUUCUAAAAUAUUUACAGUGUCUCAGACAGCAUGGAAGAGAUAGACCAUGAAGGGAAUGCAGAAGAGAACUGCAAGAAAUCUAAAGAUUGACAUUAAGAAGUUCCUGAUUUUCCUAUUGUCACACGUAGCACUGUGCAUUGCUGAUUCUCCCUUCUUAAAAUU